AAUUACAAGGCACCACGAUAUCCUUCACGCCUUUAAGCUCGCGGUUUGCAUCUGCUUCAGUGUCUACCCAGGAUGCUCUCAAGGCGUUCGUUGGUGAUCGUCCUUCUGGGACUUGCUGUUAUUUUUGCAUCCGUUUUUGGUGAACCGCCUUCUACUCAUUCUGGCGUAAACGUCGAGAAAACAAAUGAGGGUCUAUCCACUGCAUCCGACACAUUGGAUAAGGAGACCGGCUCCAGAUCUAUUCCAAAUGUGGAAACACAUGAUUUCCAAUCAGAAGUCCGAAAACUAAUGAAACUUAUCAUAAAUUCUUUGUAUACAAAUAAAGAAAUAUUUCUCCGAGAAUUGCUCUCGAAUGCAUCUGAUGCAUUGGACAAAAUGAGAAUACUUUCCUUGACUGAUUCAGAAGCACUUAGCGCAUUACCAGAUCUGUAUAUACGUGUUAAGUCUGACAAAGAUAGUCAAACAUUAGAGAUUACGGAUACUGGGAUCGGUAUGAGCAAGGAAGAUCUCAUUUCAAAUCUGGGCACCAUUGCAAAAUCGGGGACUUCCGAAUUCAUUUCUCAGCUAUCAGCUGACCAGUCCUCGAUAACCCCUGAUCUCAUCGGCCAGUUUGGUGUGGGCUUCUACUCGGCUUUCUUAGUUUCCGAUAAUGUCCAGGUUACUUCAAAGAAAGAUGGACAUGAACAAUAUGUUUGGGAGUCUAAUGCAGAUAACUUCAGUGUUUAUGAAGAUCCGCAAGGUGACACUCUUAAACGUGGCACCAGGAUCAGGUUGCGUUUGCACAAGGAAGCUUCUGAUUACUUGCAACAAGAGACGUUGGAGAAUCUUAUUAAGAAAUAUAGCCAAUUUGUCAGUUUUCCUAUUCAUUUGUGGUCCAGUAGAGAGGAGACUUUGGAAGGCGAAACUCCCCAAGAUACUGACGCGAACGUAGAGGAAGAGAAGAAAGAAGGUCAGAAAGAGAAGAAAACCAUUUGGGACUGGGUGCAUGUCAAUAAGCAAAAGCCCAUAUGGAAACGUGAUGCUGCUAAUAUAACGAGCGAUGAGUACAAGAGUCUUUAUCAGGCGCUUUCCGCUGAUCAGGCCGAGCCGCUUGGAAAGACACAUUUCAAAGCAGAGGGUGAUGUCGCCUUUACAUCAGUCCUUUUCAUACCUCAGCGUUCUCCUGGUGACGUCUUCAGCGUUAACUAUAACUAUAAGGAUAGGAUCAAACUCUACGUCCACCGCGUGUUCAUUUCGGCUGCUGCUGAGGAGCUCAUACCGAAAUACCUAGGUUUCGUGAUCGGACUAGUUGACAGCGAUGACCUACCGCUCAACGUUUCCAGAGAAAUGCUACAGCAAAAUCAGUUGGUGAAGGUUAUUCGUAAGAAGCUCGUCCGGAAAAUUAUCGAGAUGAUAACCAACCUGUCCGAAGAAGAUUUUGAGAAAUUUUGGAAACAGUACAGCGUCCACAUUAAACUUGGAAUGAUUGAUGAUCAUUCCAAUCGAGCUCGAUUGUCCAAGCUGCUGAGGUACCACACUUCCACGAGCGGUGAUAAGCUAGUUAGUCUAGCCGACUAUGUUUCACGUAUGAAAGAAAACCAGAAAGGUAUUUACUACCUCACCGGGCGUUCUGUCAAAGAAAAUAAAGCAUCUCCGCUUGUCGAGCGUUUGUUGGCUGAUGGAUACGAAGUCAUUUAUAUGAUCGAUCCACUGGACGAAUAUGUCCUGCAAUCCUUCACGGAAUAUGAGAAGAAGCCUCUCCAAAACGUGGCUAAGGAAGGAUUAGAAUUAGAAGAGUCCGAGUCGAUUAAAACACAAAAAGAAAAACAAAAGAAGGAGUUUAGUCAUCUUUUGGAUUGGUUAAAGGAUAAUGCUUUGAAGGGAAAGAUCGAAAAGGCGGAGCUAUCAGACCGCUUAAACGAGAGUCCUUGCGCCCUUGUCGCCACAAAGUAUGGUUGGUCUGGUAACAUGGAGAGAAUUAUGCGCGCUCAAGCACAUCAGAAGGGUGACGAUCUUUCCUCUGAUUACUAUGCCAACAUGAACAAGAUAUUCGAAAUCAACCCUAGACAUCCGAUCGUCAAAGAAAUGAAUGAGCGUGUAAAGAAUGAUGAGUCGGAUGAGGGAGCGAAAGAGACUGCCGAGCUAUUGCUCUAUGUCGCUACACUUCGUUCCGGCUAUAUGAUACCAGAUUCUGUCGAUUUUGCGCAAAAAGUUGAAAGAAUAAUGCGAAAAAACCUCGGCGUUGAUCAGUCCGAGCCAGUCGAGCCGGCCCCUGCUGAGUCUGUGGAACCAAAAAAUAUUGAAACCAAAUCGGACGAAGACGGUGAUGAGGUGGCAGAUACUCCGAAGUUUUCUGAGGAAACACCUGAAUCAGAUGAACACACAUCUACCAUUGGGGUAAGUCUGGUUCAUACUAUAGGGUAGUUUCUUCGCAUGUUCUUUGAAUGCACCUUGAAUGCUGAAUCAUUCUUUCACUUUUUACCCGGUGGUUAGGUUGACAAGACAAGCGAUCCUAAGGACGAGCUGUGAUCGGUUUCCUGCGUGUAUCCGUCCUCGGAACUGUGCGCCUGACUUAGUUCUCUAUUCAUUGCAUGUUAUGCAUGUACACUCUGAACACCCCCUUUCCCGUGUUGUAUGUUAACUGAUCAUCGUUUGUAAUACAUCAUUACACCUGAGCGUUU